GAAAAAAUGGCGCAACAGGUGCUCGCAUGAACUUCCGGUUGCUGCAAAUUACAAUUAGAAUAUAUUUUAAAGUAUUUCUAAAAAGUGGAAGACAUCUAGCAAGAGUGUAUUUUUUGGUAAAGAAGAUCCAGUAAAAGUUAGAGUUGUUGACAGGGAAAUACAGGAAUGGAAGAUAUAAAAAGAAGAAUUGAAUUUCACAGUAUACCUGUUCAGCUUCAGGCCAUUGAAAGAUUGUACAAUGAGGUGAAGAAAAAGAAGCCUAAGGGUCAGCUGCUAUCGUCUGCUACUCCAGAGUUUGCUGAGUUAAAGGCCCUUUGGCAGUACACAUGCUCAGAUCAAGGUCAGGUUGCUCGACGAUGCAGUCAGCUGUGGAUACAGUUACUGAAGGAACAAUGUGCAGAUUUCACCUAUGUUCUCAACGGGUUCUUAAAUCAAGUACCAACCUCAAAGAAUCUGUAUGGUAUUGUAGAGGCGAUUUCAGAGAUGCUGGCUCUGGAAGUCAUAUUAAAGUUUGCAGCAGGAGAAGAGUACAAAUGCCCAUAUGAAAUAAGGAGUCCGCCACAUCCUUUUAUAACAGUGAUAACAAACAGGCCUUCAGAGUCGUGGCCCUUGAUACUCGAACAGAUUGAUAGGCUCUUCACUCAUUCUGAACAAUGUGUACAGAAGAAUGCUUUUGUGAUGUUGGAUCCAUUCAUAAAAUUUGUGUUACUGGACCCAAAAUGUAGUGAGCAGUACAGCCGGUUAAGGGCCAACAUGAAGGUGAGGCUGGUGAACCUUGUUGGCAGGGCAGAAAACAGAGACCUACAGAAUGAUUGUCUCCAAUACCUUGUUGACUUACUAUAUACAAUGCAGGUUGAUUCAGCAGAAGACACUGUAGAGACAGCAGAGUUUUGUGUACAACUUCUUUAUCUCUAUGGAAACCACACAAAUGACCUUGACUUUUGUAAUGGUAACAGGAUAGGUGCAUAUGCACUAGAACUAUGCCAGAUAUACCAGGAGAAGAAUCUGGACAGCUACUCUGUCAUCUCAGCUGUCCUGCAUGUCUGUAGACACAUGCCCAAUUUUUUGUCAACAGAUGAAAACAUUGCUACACUGGGACAGACCAUUCCAUUAGCUAGCCCAGAUGAUAAUAUCUUAUUUUUGAAGAUAGUGAACUGCUUAAUGGAUGUUCAUCAGUCUUGGUCAGAAGCUGUCAGAAAGUCAUGGUCCUCCUUAGGUUAG